GAUGUUGGAUCACCCGAAAAGUUUCACGUAGAAUUACACUUUAGUCCGGGGGCGUAUACAAGCAGUGACAAGAAUGUUGUGAACCCAGCCGGCUCUGGUUAUAGGACUUCAUUCUUGGUGAGACAGGGUAAAAAGGCCCACGAGAGUGGAAAAAUGAAAGAUGGAGAUGAGCAAGGGAAAGCUGAAUUGAUACAGGAAACAAUAACUGAAGAGAGUUAUACAGAAGAAUCCAUUGUCCUAGAUAACAUGGAGAUAGAAAAACCUGGUGAAGAAAAAGCUAUGGAGAUUGAUCAAGAUGGUGUGGGAAGUAAGACAUCUGAAGCAGGUCCUGAAUCAGAGAAGAAGAAAGAAGACACCGUAUUGAAUGUGCCAAAGAUAACCUUGCAAGUCAAUAAUAAAGAUGUGGAAUUCGGUUCAGCAAAUGAUGUUCCAGCUGUAAUAGCUAAAGAUAUAAAGGAAAUAGAACAUGAUGCUGUGAGAGAGAUACAAGAAUCCCCAGUUGAAGACUUAGUGAUGAAGAAAGGUAGGAAAGAAAGUGAUGGAGACCAGUUUGAAAGUGUUGGCUCCCAGUGUAACAUUGAAGACAUAAAUAAAGUUGGUAACAAGAUAGAAUCAACUACUGAUGAAAAGGUUAAAGAUGACACUGUUAAAGUAGAUAGUGGAAAGUCUGACACUGGCGUAAAGGCUAAAAAGAAAUUUGAUGUUUCAGCUGCAAUACAAGAGGUAGAAGAUAAAGACCUUCUGGUGUUAGAGAAACCACCUGUCAAGAAAGAGAGGAAAGAAAAGAAGGACAUUGAUGCUUCUAGUCAUGAUGAAGUGCUGUUUGAUGAUGAAUUUGCAGAGAAGGUAUCUGAUGAUGAACAUUCAAAGACCAUCACAAGUACUUCAGAUCUUUUAAAUGAGUCAGGGAAAGAAGUACCACAGCCUAAGUCACCUGACCCUGACAUACCAGAAUGGGAUUGGGGAUGA